CGCACCAGCCGCCGUUGUUAUUAUUAUUACCGCUACAGAAGUGCGGGCGCAGGUGGCAUCUUAGAGACAAGACACGGCUUUGGAUAGCACCCCUCCCUUCCGAUGCAGGCCAUCAAAUGCGUUGUCGUGGGCGACGGUGCCGUGGGUAAGACAUGUCUACUCAUCAGCUACACCACCAAUGCCUUCCCUGGAGAGUAUAUCCCCACCGUCUUUGACAACUAUUCAGCCAAUGUGAUGGUGGAUGGUAAACCGGUCAACUUGGGCCUCUGGGAUACAGCGGGUCAAGAGGACUAUGACAGACUCAGGCCUCUCUCGUACCCUCAGACGGACGUUUUCCUGAUAUGCUUUUCACUAGUGAGCCCAGCGUCAUUUGAGAACGUCCGAGCCAAGUGGUACCCCGAGGUACGCCACCACUGCCCAAAUACACCCAUCAUUCUGGUGGGCACAAAGUUGGACCUGCGGGAUGACAAAGACACCAUUGAGAGGCUGAGAGACAAGAAGCUCUCCCCCAUCACCUACCCACAGGGCCUGGCCAUGGCCAGGGAGAUAGGUGCAGUGAAGUACCUUGAAUGUUCUGCUUUAACCCAGCGUGGACUGAAGACGGUCUUCGAUGAAGCUAUCCGUGCGGUCCUGUGUCCUCCGCCUGUCAAAAAGAGGGGCAAAAAGUGCACCGUCUUCUGAGGAGGAGCAGUGUUGACACAAAGCCAAGGGGGAUGCGGUUACUAAGGUUACUAACACAUAAGGGGGAGGGUACUGUCAGAUGGCACCUGCUUUGAAAUGCAACUUCUAUCUAACGGGUGUACAGAAAGGGGUCAUCUUGUCAAAAGAUCUUGGCUGGUAUACGGAUGAAGGAGGCACCACUUUGUCAUUAACCUCCAGUUAAGGUUGUAUUUACCAAUUCUUUGACAUGUAUGCCUUAAAUCAACUGGAUAAAGUCAAAAUGCCUGUUUCUUACAGGUAGAAUAGAAGUGAGAGGGAUUUUUUUUCUACAUGUGUAUGCAAGAAUAUUUUCUACUCUCUUUUUCAAUUUAGUCUCUGUAAUUUAAAACACAAACUCACAAAAAAGACAGACUAACUCCAACUCUCUAUGUAGAGCUUUUUGGUGCAAGCUGGUACUAGCAAGUUUUUAAACAUGGUUGGCUAUUUCACAGUUAUUUUGUCUUUUUCCUCCAAUUACACUUAUUGUUCAGGUAUGCAGUAAUUUCAGUGUGGAUCAUUGUGAGUAGUUUCCUCCUAGUUCACUGUAGAACGAAACACUCUCUAUUGACACUUAUUGUGAACAUCACCAUUUUAAUCCCAUUUUGGAUAUCUCUGAACCCCAGUGCCCACGCUAAAUUGUCAGAUAUGGAUAUCGGUGUUAUCACUCAAUUAAAUAAUAAUAAUGAUAAUAAUAAUAAUCAUGACAUUUAUAUAGCGCUUUUCUAGACACCCAAAGUGCUUCACAUCAAAGUGCUUGAACCACCACCAAAAAAAAACAACAACAACAACAAAUGUGUAACUUAAAUUGAGAAUCCCAAAUGAUAUAUUUCUUAUAUCUAUUUACAACUAUGAAAAAUCCCUUGAUCAUAUCUAUCAGAUUACAGAUGAGCAGUUGAUUAUUUUGUUCCAUAAACUGUUUUAAAAUCAUAAUUAAUGUUUGCCCUGGGCAUACCAACAGCAGCUAUGAAUCUGUACAUUUGCAACAUUGCAUGUACACAUGGGCUUUAUUAAACGAACUUGUAAAUGUGCCAUAGAAACAGAUAUUAUAUGGAUUAAGUGUGUGGCAUUUCUAUCUUGUCCAGUACCACAGGUUUAUUUGCAUUUUACAGUUUAUAUUUGCCUCUAAUUCCUGACAGCAACCCGGGAAUUCUUUUAAGAUCACAAAAUUAAUCAAGCACAAAAUUCCUAGUUGACUCAAGUACAACUAGACAACCCAGUUUUCUGUCCAACACAAUUUCCUGGUGGGGUAAAAGCAAAUGUUUAAGGAGUAAGUACUUGUUCUUAGCCUGUCUGCCUACUCACAUUUAAAAAAGGAUGGGAAGCGUGUGUAGAUGUGAAGGGCAGUGAUGGAGGUGUGGGUCAGACUGAAGGUGUCAGUGUUGUAGCAGGACAUCUCGCCCCAGCUCCUCUCAUGUCCACCCGGAGAGUUUAGCUAGCUAACAUUAGCGCGUCGCCUUUCUGCUCGCCUCAUUCUUCAUCGGUCCAACGCGCUGGACUUCACCUGCUGUCUACGACCCAUGGGGCUUCUUUUUUCUUCAAAAACUUUUAUUUACAACAAACAGGUAUACUGUGGGAGUGCAUGAAU